AUGUCCCCGCAAUCGCUCCGCCAUUCGCCGCAGCAGCCCACGCGCCCGCUCCAGUCCCCGCACUCGGUUGAUCCGCCGCAGCAGCCGCACCUUGCCCCAUCCAUCGCUUCCCCGCAAGACCACGUCCCCAUGCAGGCCCAGCCGCAGCAUCAGCGCCUCACCCAUCUCGCCGCCCAGUCUUCCACCCAAGCUCUACAGCACGACCAGCACCACCAAGCACAGGCCGCCCAGCAUCGCGCUCAAGUUCAUGCCGCCCAGCAAGCCCAGGCCCAGGCCCAGGCCCAGGCCCAGGCCCAGGCCCAGGCUCAAGCUCAAGCUCAAGCUCAAGCUCAGGCUCAAGCUCAAGCUCAUGCCCAUGCACAAGCACAAGCACAAGCACAAGCACAAGCACAAGCACAAGCACAAGCGCAGGCUCAAGCUCAAGCUCAAGCACAGGCACAGGCCCAGGCCCAGGCCCAGGCACAGGCACAGGCACAAGCGCAGGCCCAGGCACAGGCAAGUCAGCAGCAGGGUUUGCAGAGAGGCAUCCAGCCGCAACCCUCGGCCACCCACCCGCAGCACGCCCAGCCGCAGCCGCAGCCGCAGCAGCCCGUGCCGCCACAUCCGCACCAUUAUCACCAGGGACAUCAACGGAGGCAGACCUUGGCCGAGCAUGAGCAGGCCGUCAAUAGGGCUAUGUACGAGAAUCCGGCCUCAUACCAGAUGUCUGCGUCACAGCAACAGGCCUACUAUCAUCAGUAUUCCAAUUCACAGACGCACCCGCAACAGCAGCAGCCGCUCGCCCCGCAACACCCGCAGAUGUACGCCUCCAACCCGCUCCCACCGCCAGAGUAUCAGAGGCAGCAGCAGGCUUCCAUGGGCGUCCCACAUGACUCCCAGCAGCCUCAGGGCUUGUCCCAGCAUCAGCGCAUCCCGGCUAGCCACCAAAUGCAUCACCAGGCCGCCCACCAGCAACAUAUGCAGCAUUUAGGCAGACCCGCGCAAAAGGCAAUCACCCCGUUGCAGCCGCAGCCGCUCUCCAUGAUGCCCAUGUCGUCGCAGCAACAUCAGAUGCAGCAGGCGCAGCAGCCACCGGUGGAUCAAGCGCAAAACCAAGCCCAUUCUCAAGCUCAGCAGCAGCAGCAGCAGCAGCAGCAACAGCAACAGCAGCCGCAUGAAAUGGCUCCACCGCAGCCAGGUAUGCAGCAGCAGCAGGCGAUGCAACCAGGUGGCCAGCUGUUGCAAUCGAUCUCCGAUCGCCGUCCUGCCGCAAGUCAGAUGCAUCCGCAACAGCAGUCGCCGAUGCACCUCGUGUCGGCUGGACAGCAAACUUCCAUACAACACCCGUCUCAUCACAUGCAGCGACAGGUGCUUACGGGACAAGCCAUCCCUUCGCAAGAGGCCAGUGUCCAUCAGGUGCAGCAGGUUUCGAUGACGCAACAACCAAACCAUGCCCACACUCCGCAGCAGGCGCAUGUGUCGAGCCAAGGGCCUUCUCAAGGAACGCCGCCGCAGGCCUCGUCCCAAAAGCAUGCGCAGCAAAUGGCGCAGCAGGGGCACGGACAAAAUCAUCGCAUACAGCAGGGUACAGAACAAUCUCAGCAGGAUGCGGCAGCCAGUCAGGCGCAAGGUGGACAGCGGUCAAUGGGAUCCCGAGCGGAUGCUCUCGGUGUGAGCGGAAUGGCGGACGGUGAUCGGCCCGCCGCCUCCAGACAAGGACAAGAAGGUACGGACCAAGGUUGCCGUCAAUUAAAAGUGGAAGACGCUCUCGCGUAUCUGGAACAGGUGAAGCAACAGUUCACCUCUCACCCCGAUGUGUACAACCAAUUCUUGGAUAUCAUGAAGGAGUUCAAGGCCCAAUCGAUUGACACCGCAGAGGUUAUUCGGAGGGUGAGCACGUUGUUCGAAGGAAGAAGAAGACUUAUACUAGGGUUUAAUACCUUUCUACCACCGGGGUUCAAGAUUGAGUUGCGCGGGGAUCCCACAACUGGUUGUGUGACAGGGUUUUCUUCUCCUGGUGGAGUAUUUUGUGCUUUACGCGAAGAGGGGCCUCAGCGACAGACGGAACUGCAGCCAGCACCUCCACCUCCACCCCCUCCUCUCCCCAUAGAUGCUUCGACACAACACGCCGUCGCGCAUCAGGAUCAACGAGGCCAUUCUGCUCAUGGCGGGCCGAUGCACGGACAAAGCCGCAUGCGGAGACCCGAUGGAAUGUAUGAGAGAGGAGGAGCAUACAUAGAUCCCAUGCAUGAAACGGACGAGAAACUUCCUCCCGGGAACAUUGGACCAUCGCUCGCGACCUCUCGUCAGCAUGGUGUUGGCGGGGAGGGCAGUGGAGGCGCCGCCGCACCAGGAUCCGCCACAAACGACAACGCCGCGGCAGCAUUGGCGGGAGGACUGGGGUCGCCUGGAACAGGGGAGGCCGCGUCUGGAAAGCCCAUUGAGUUUGCCCAAGCUGUCACUUAUGUCAACAAGAUCAAGAGUCGCUUCGCGGAUGAGGAGCACAUGUACAAAACAUUUCUCGACAUUCUUCAAACGUACCAGAAGGAACAAAAGACGACCAAAGAUGUGUAUAAGCAAGUUUCGGAAUUGUUUCGGGAUCACAGUGAUCUGUUAGGAGAGUUUUCACACUUCCUACCGGAACAGCCUAACCAGCGUGGUUCUGGCCUGAAACUCACCACUGAGACCGUACGGUUCAAAUCUCAAGGGUCUCCUGUCAUCAAGGAGCAACCGACUCUGGAAGCCGUUAUUCAGGAGCAACAACCCCCGGGUUCCUAUUCCGCAACAAACUGGAAGGAGAAGGAGAAGACCACAAAAGGGGUCAGCAGAAGUAAGUCCGGGAAGAGUGCUUCAAGUGCUGGUGCAGCCGCUACAGGACUGAGCAAACAUGCUGCCAGCGCACCUCGCCGUGGAUCAAGCGCAUUGGAAACAUCGAAAAAGGGCAGGCGCCAUUCAUCAAGCAAGAAACUUGCAGAUGUUAAAGCCACUGGUGCUGGAGAUUUAUCUGCGAGCGGAUCGGGCCUUUUGUCCAAGUCGUCGUGCCCGCCAGAACUGGAAUUCUUUGAAGAAUUGAGGAAUCUUCUUGGCGAUGGCGGCCAGCAAAGUUAUUCCGAGUUUAUCAAAUGCCUGUCGCUGUUCUCUCAAGAAAUCAUUUGUGGGGAUGAACUCAUGCGUCUUGCAGAUGGACUUUUAAAUCACCGCAAGCCCUUAACGGAAGCGUUUCGGGCUUUUCUGAAUCAAGAAGACCCGAAGGCUACUCAAACGGCUGUCACAAUUCUGAGACGCGCAAGAAAUGCAGGUGAUGCCGUUGCUGCCUCAUUUGGUUCCAAGGCCCCUCCAGUCGCGCCAAUUGCCAGCUCAUCGGCAGUGAGGGAUCGCCUCCGUGACCUCCCAGUUCUAGCCGGUAUUCAUGUCGAGGGUCACAGGCAUACAUCUACGAGCGGAAUCAAGUCUCCAAAAAUCAACCCGCUCUACAAAGGGCGUCCGCUGUCCGAAAUUGGGCGCGAACACGGGACCGAAAUCUCAGACUCCAAGUCAUACAUAUCACUGCCAACCGAUUUGGGAACCAUCCAUUCGUCUGGAAUGACUCCGGAUGAUCGAAGCGUCUUAAACCACACAUACGUGACCCGCCCUAGAGAGGGACCGCAAUCGUUGCUUGGGAGCAUUGCAGCGAAGCGUGAGUACCAGUACACUUUAACCAGUGAUCACCGCCUAGGCGGAGGAAAAAAUGUACCGCCAGCAAGUACUGCGAUUCCUAGUAGUCCGGGGGCGCCUUCAAGUCCGCGCACGGUACGAAAUGGUUUCAACAAAGCAGCCGUUGCAGGAGUAGAAGACCAAAGAGUUGAUCUUAAUCUACUUAUCUCACGGGCGGAGAACACGGUUUCAAAACUUGAACGCCUGAUGAAAGGAGAAAUUCGAAAUAUCUCUUCUCUCUCUGCCGUCGAUGUUCAGCCUGUUGAACUCAUCUACCGAGAUUCGUCGAUUGAUAUCAUUGAAGUGUUACGCUCAACUCCGGGAGUCACUGCACCCGUUGUUCUUGUAAGGCUGAAGCAGCGACUAACCGACUGGAAAGCCUCCCAAAAAAGAGUAGAACAAGUGUGGAAGGCGAAGCGAUUUUCUUCGGAAGGUCCAGGAGGCGGUCCGCGUACUUGGCAUCGCUCCGAACUUGUAGGGGAAUUACUACAAAAGUCGUCAUCAAAUAAUGCACAUCACGGGGUUACAAAUGGCGGUUGCGAAGCACUAAUCAACAGAACAAGGUCCCCAAAGAUACUAAGGAGUUCCGUCGUCUGCGAUUUAGUAUGCAGCCCAGAAAAUAUCGACUAUACAUGCGACCUGCUGUGGUUCAUGUUUGAAUGGGAAGCAGACUCAUUCCAACAGGCUGAGAAAGCGCUUGAUGCCGUUGAGCAGGUAUAUGAAAAAGUGCAAUAUGCCAAAAGCAGCGGCGAAGUUCUCUAUGCUGAUGAAUACCUGUACGUAUACAUUCGGCUGCUCGCAGAAACUUCUCAGCGAGUCGGUUAUAUUCUCGAACAUAACUACGAUGGUGUUGUUGUGGACAGUAUGAUGCACAAAUUGCAGGAAGUUCUUAGCGGAAACAUGUCUUUGACGGCUUACGACAAACACUGCAAGCAACUAUUUGGGGAAGGUCGACGAUGGGAGACGCUUCUAUCCGACUUUCCAGUUAUUUUGAAGCGGCUUUGCGCAGCUGCUUUGAAAAUGCCCUCCAGGAAAAUUGCAAGUGAACUUCUCCACUUGGCUGGAGACUCACUUCGGAACAAGAAUGGUACGCCAGACAAUAUGAAUGAUGCCGCGAUGGAAAUUGACACCGAUGGCGGCGAAGUUAAGAAUGUGACAAGGUCUUCGAUGAAUGGUGAAAAGGCAAAUUUGGAGAGCCGUGCCAAGCGACUGCGAAAGGCGUUGGUAAUCACUUCGUCCAAGGGGCAUGAUUUGUUUGAAAUCAAGGUGUCAAAAGAGCAUUUAGCAACGAACGGUGAGUUGGUAGAAGCAAGACAGUCCAAGAAACCGGGGGAGCUUGGACUCGUUGUUGUCUUCCGUCACUUGCCAAGAGAAACGGCUGCUCAAUACACACAUUUCGACCUGGACGAAAAGAAAGUUGCAGGUGGCUUAGUCAGCACACGCUUGAUGGGUCAGAUCAAUCGGGCAAAGAAGAAGGAGAGGAAAUGGCGAUGUCGGAAACGGACGGCAGAUGGCGUGAUGAAGGGCGUUGUACAAGAAAAUGGACUUGGUGUGUGCAUAAACGGUGAGGACGGACAGCUUCACUUUUUGUCCGGGACAGAGGACUUUUUCAUGAGAAAGCGGCGAAAACGCAGUUCCUGGGACGGCGGAAAACGGAUGCCAAUCGUGGGAUGAAGUUUGUGAAGAAGAGCCAAUAAGUUUGUGUACAGCUAGUGAUAAUCUGUGGUGAAGAACACAUAUGUAGGAUAUCUGAUAAACUGUUGCUCUUGUAAGUCUGCAGUGAUAAGUGUCAGCGUUUUUGUUUUCCAAGCUAAGGAUUGUGUUUAUUUGCGAUUCUCAAUGGUGUUUUAAAUUGUUGAAGCCUUUGUUGAAAA